AUGACUCCCAACACCAAGUUGUCCUCUGUGCGAGCUUCCACUAGCAUCUGGAUCCUGGAGGUGGGCGUGGUACGGGAGGUGGAGCGGGCGAGGCUGCAGAAGUUGUUACAGUGUCACCACUUGAAGGAAGCUGCCUGGGACAACAUGCUAGUGAAGUCUCGCUCUCUCUUUUGCAUCUGUAGUGACGUCAGUGUGAGGAACUAUCCAGUGAUGGUACCCAAACCAGGGGCGUGGUGGGCUGUCUUGAAUGUGGUGAAGGCGAGGCUACGGGAGGUAGAAGCCACUCAAGUGUCCUCUAGGAGUGAGGUUCCCACUAGCCGUACUAGGAAGGCUGGCGUGUGGAAGAAAGCCACAACGGAGGUGGGAGUAUUUUCAAGGGUUAUAAUGAAGGGGGCUCCACCGGCAGGGGGGAAACCUGCGGGAAAGUCUUUCAAGGACGCGGGGAAGCCUUCCAAGGAAGUUGGGAAAUGGACUUCAAAAGAAGUAGGGAAAGAAGAUUCUAAAGAAUUGGAGAAGGAGACUUUACCGGAUGUGGCGAUGGCUUCAACGGACGUAGCUAAGGCUGCACCUGACGAGGUAAAGCUCCCUGCGACCGAGGUGGACAUUUGCGAGAGUGAGGACGUGGAACCUAACCUGACUGAAGCCGAGUACCGCCAUCUGCUUUACCCGCAGCUCGAACUGACCAGCAGAGACCGGGUGAAGCGUCAGCUGGUCCUCCUCGCAGUGAGUCCCAACCGUCACAGAAUUUAUGUUCUGAUUAAAAUGCCCUCUAUGUUUAUCAUUCUAAACAAUGUUUUUAUCCGAUGGAUGACUCCUAUAUUUUAG